AAAGAAGAAGAAAAAAACGUUUUGUGUCACGCUGUAUGCAGAAACGCCUCAGGAUUAGCCAAUAGGAAUCAGUCGCGCUGAAUUUCUGUACAUAUUCAUGACUGCAGCAGGAGCUCUCGACCAAUAGCAGGAGAUCUGCGAUGAAUAUUCAGAAGAUCCCUGAACAUCUGAAUGAAAAGCGUGGGAGAAGCGCUGAGAGCGAGUCUAGCAGCAAGGGGCUCCUGGAGGACAUCGUGUCCACCCUGUGGGAGCUCGAGACCGCCAGACGAAGACAGGAGAGGCUCGUGCUGGGCGUUCUGGAAGGAGGGAACACCGAGAAGAAACAGGAGAGCUUCUGGAAAUGGCAGCAGAAGCAGCUCCCAAAUGCCCCCGGUGGUGUGAUGUGGGUCCUGCAGCAGCAGCUCAGCGAGAUGACAAUGAACUCCAACACAGCGGACAACCUGGACAGUGUGUCAAGCUCAGGUUAUGAGCAGAGUGAGAGUCAGUCAUCUAUAAGACACUCAAGAUCUUCUCCCAGUCUUUCUUUCUACAACCACAGAGGCAGAUCAGUGGAAGAUGCUUACAUGCUGGACUGGGAAGGUCAGAGGGCACGACCCUUGCGUUCUUUUCUGCCCCGGUCAUACUCUGCCCCCUACCCCCCGUUAGAGGGCAUUGCAGAAGGAAUUGAGGAUGCCGAGGAUGAUGAAAAUGAAGCUUCGUGUCAGGUCAAUGAACCAAAGAUGGGCACCAUUAUGAAUUUAAAUGAGGAUGGUAGUUCUAUUGGAGCCUAUUGUGAAGCUCAAGGUCCUAUUGUUGAGGUGGAUGAAGGCCCCACAGAAGAAGACCUCCAGCUCGCAAUGCGAGUAGAGACUUAUAUUUUGGAUCUUCUACAGCGCUAUUGCGUCAACCAAACAUCCACCGCUACAGAGGUCCUUGGUUCUAGUCCUGAUCAUUGGCAAGAACUAUAUGCUUAUCCUCACAACUACUGUGAACAACCUGAAAGUGCAGAAUGGCAGCAAUUGGAAUUCUUCAAUGAUGAAGUUACAUUGCAAGACAGGUGCUAUCUGGGAAAUGAGGAUAACGAAUUCACACAGGCUUGUAAAGAUCCAUGUUCCUCUAUAGAGUCAUCCACUGUCAUUACUGAUCUUGAUCAGCAUCGUCAUUAUCAUCAUCCAUGUAUUUCUUCACCUUUACCUUCUGAAGCUCCCAAACAAGACUGGGAACUUCCGUCUCUGGAGCUGGCACAUCGACUGCCCUCAACCAGAAUAUAUCAGGAGGAAAGCUGGUCAUCAGUUGGGCAGAGGCAUGAAAGGGCAACCAGCCAGUUUCUAUCAGAAGACAGCUUCCAAUCCCAAGGUUUUACCACCAAACCAGAUUAUAGAUAUCACACACUGGGGUGUGAUAUGGAUAUGCACUGUAUCAAUGAAGAUUAUAUGUACAAUCAGAGACUCUGGAGCUCCACAGCAGACCUCAGACGGAAAGAGAAUCCAGCAUUGUUUAGAGCUGAAGAACAAUUCAACCUACCACGUCAAAUCAGCCCACAUUCAUUUAUUAAGUACCCUGAGAAGGACCACCGCAUUGAAAAUGGAACGAUUGCUAGAGGAACUCAAGGACAUGGAUCUGACUCCAGUUUGAGUGAAACAUGCUCCCCAGGGUCCAGCUCAAGUUCAAGUGACUCAGAUGAAAGUGGGGGCCUUGUCUGGCCUCAGCAAGUGCCCCCAGGUGUGCCUUCUUUCUCCCAGAAUGCAGCUACUGCUAUGGUCAGGAUUAAAGCCUCACAUGCACUAAAGAAGAAGAUCCUACGUUUCCGUUCAGGCUCGCUAAAGGUCAUGACCACUGUCUAGUCUUUAAAAAUGCAUUUGAGAUUAACUUAUUAUAUGCUGUGAUUCCUGUGUUUGAUGGUUUUAUGGUGUUAGAAAGUGGAAUCCAUCAACCAAAAACUGAAUUUAUUAUACACCAACCAGACAUAACAUUAUGACCACAUGCCUAAUAUUGUGUUGGUCCCUCUUUUGCUGCCAAAACAGUCGUGACCCAUCGAUCAUUAACAGCAUCAACUUCUUCAGCAGUUUGAGCUACA